AUGGAUCGGCGUAUUGAUCCUGGAGAGACAAGUGCGAGAGUGGAGUCGGAACCGGUGGCAGGUGCCAAGAAUUUUCUGGUUGAUACUCGGAAGGUAGUCUCCAGUUCUCCUGUAGGACGAGUUAGUCUGGCUCCCCUCGCUUUGGCCGCGGCCAGCAUGAUCGUGUUCAUCGUGGUCCAUGGAAAAGUGUCGCCACCGGCAGAUCGUGUGGAUUCGGAGAAUGCAACUGUCCAGAGAACUGCCUACGCCCGUUCCUCCUCCUCUUUGUCAAUUGAUGAGCAAGUGGAGCGGACACAGAAGCAGGCUGGGACAGAUGGCCGCCCCGUUGGCGGCUCUGGCAAGCCGCAUACUCGUCCGCGUGGGAAGGCGGAACUUUCUGGUUCAUUGGCCUCCGUCCUGUCGAUACGUCGUCCCACACAGCCUGUGACAAACUAUGACGAUUGGGGAUUGCCUUCACUUGAAGACUUUGAACGUACUCUUUCUUCAAGACUGAAGCAGGGCAAAGCAGCACUUGCUGCCUGGGCCGUUGAGUUCUACACAAGCGAUGCCGUUGCUCAAUCUGUUGAGACGUCUCAGCGUAUUGUUUGUGAGGCACUUUGGGAGAGAACUGUUGGCUCCUUUGUUGGGAUGGUCUUGGUUUUGCGCGGAACCCGGCCCUUAAAGCUGGACGAUGAAAUCAGGCACCUGCCCCACGUGUUACGAGUCACGAAGGUCGCGGGAGUUCUGCGGUGGGGCUUAUUGCUUCAUGCUGAAGAUAUAGACGCCAAUCGGGAGUUUUCGUUGCAGAUCCCCAUGCUUGAUGAGGAUGUGAUAGAGGUCUUUGGUGUGGAGACUUUCCUGGGGAAGGCGCGGGAGGCAUUUAAAGAUGAGCGGAACGCAGAGAUACAAGCCUGCGGCAGCGUUUCGGCAGCGCUUACCGCCUCCCUGAAGGGUUUCGCAGUCACCCUAUACACCGCUGAGAUAGUAGGCGUCUCUCCAGUGUGCUCCGCAGGAGAGACCCUUAUCUUGAAUCAGCCAAAGCUUUUGGAGAAGUUCCAGGGGACCCUUAACGACCUCAAGAAAAGCGCACCUGGUGUCAUGGCAAAAGCACGGGACUAUAUCGCUACUCGUUUGCUACAUAUAGUGCUCAAACUGGAGAAGACGGGCAUCGGCCACCUUGCCCUUGACUGGGAUUCUUUGUUUCUGCGUGAAGAUGGGUCUUUCCUACUGGGAGACUUUGGCAGCAGCGCUCCUUUCGGCAGACCAAUAAUCAGCGAGUUGGCCUCUCUUUCUGAUCAUCUGGAGCCUGGCAUCUUGGCGGCCGAAGAUACUGGCUUAUCUCCUGCACCUGGAACGAAUUUGUGGUCUUUAGGAAUCAUGCUCUUCCAGUUAUACACAGGCAAGGAUAAUCCGUAUGGAACAGAAGAGGGAAACUCGCACGGCGAUGCGGCAAAGAGUCUGGCCAAAGGGCUGCUAACAAGAGGCGUACGGUCGUACAUCCUGAAUCAUGAGCUGGCGGCCUCAAAUGUGCCGUUAAGGUGGCAGCAGCUUAUUCUGCGGUUGUUAGAGCCACGCAGUUCAAAUCGGAUAAAUGGCUUUGAGAUUAUCUGGGAGUUCUUUGACCUCCUCAGUCAUCCUGCUGAAUAA